AUGAAGCUUCUCAAGGCCUCGGUGCUGAUCCAUUUGUUAACGCUGUGUGGAUUUUAUAUGGCGCCGAAUAGUGACCAACUUUCGAACGUCCUUAUAAACAAGAAAUACGCUGUUGCAGCAUUGUCACUGCAACUUUCAAUGCCUAGCUUCACCCCAUCACUCCUCGCUAUUGCUGCACUUCUGGUUGUGGCUCUAACGUGGGGCCUACCAACAGCAACUCUUCCCGGUGUCGGCAUUUUCGACUUUCAACUCUUCUCCGAGUUGGAAUCUGGUCAAUCUCUUGACGACGUGUGCCCUCAGCCUUCCGCCUUAUCUCCCAUCGUCAACAAGGCCGUUUGGGCCAAUGCUACGCGCCAAUUUGAAGCACAAGACUUCAAGACACGCGUUGUGCAACUCCUUGGAGGCACAGUGCAAAUCCCAACUAUCACUUUCGAUGAUAUGCAAGCUGUCGGUACUGAUCCACGCUGGGAAGUGUUCAAAAGCCUCCACGCCUAUCUCAAACAAGCGUUUCCUCUUGCUCAUUCUCACUUGACUCUUCGUAAAAUCAAUACGUAUGCUCUAUGGUACGAAUGGAAAGGAACCGAUGCGUCGCUUAAACCGAUAUUUUUCGCUGCUCAUCAAGAUGUUGUUCCCGUUGAUCCUUUGACGGAAAGUGAUUGGGCUCAUCCUCCAUUUUCCGGAUUCUUCGACGGUGAUCGGAUCUGGGGCCGAGGUAGCGCGGACGAUAAAAAUGGGCUAAUCGGAGUUUUAACGGCUCUCGAAAUUCUUUUAGAAGCUAAUUUCUCUCCGUCACGGACCAUUGUAGCUGCCUUCGGCUUCGAUGAAGAAAUCAGUGGUUUCCAGGGAGCUGAAUAUCUUUCAAAGGCGCUACUCCAGGAAUAUGGCCCCAAUGGAUUUGCGUUCAUCGUUGACGAAGGCCCGGGUAUGGUCAAUAUGUUUGACACGUUGGUUGCACUCCCCGGUGUAACUGAGAAGGGUUACAUCGACAUAACUAUCAACGUCACGUCUCCGGGUGGACAUUCCAGCAAUCCUCCAUCCCAUACAAGUAUCGGAGUUCUUUCCGCUCUUGUUGUUCAAUAUGAAAACAACCCCAAUCAGGCCUCGCUAAGUCGAGACUCCGUUCCCUUCCAAACAUUCCAGUGUUUGGCAGAGCACACGUUAUCUAUUCCUCCUCCACUCAAAAGUCUGAUCCAAAAUUCUAUGACCUCUGACGAGUCGCUCCAUGCGCUAGAAAGCGUACUCGGUCAAGAUCCCCUUUAUCGAAGCCAAAUUAGUACGACCACGGCCGUUGACGUUAUUCGCGGUGGAGUCAAGGCGAACGCACUCCCAGAGCUGGCGACAGUUAUCAUUAACCAUCGCAUUCUUGCAGAAAGGGGAUCGGUCAACUCGGUGGCAGAAGUUCGUGAUGACGAUACCAAGUUGCUCAAGCCAGUUGCCAACAGCUUCAAUAUAUCGUUCUCCGCCUUUGGUGUACCAAUCUCCACGGGAUCUGCCGCAGGAAAUAUCUCUUUGGGUAACGUAGGCCAGGCAUUUGACUCAGCGCCGAUAACCCCCGCCGCCGCAGCAUACGACUUGUUAGCGGGAACGAUUGUGUCGACUUACAAUACACGCCUCGGGCACUCGUCUGGGGAUGACAAGACGGUGGUGGUUUCGCCCACCAUUAUGCCAGCAAACACAGAUACGCGCCACUACUGGGAUCUCACGCCGAACAUCUUCCGCUACGGUCAUGGAAACACGGCUGGCUUGGGCUUAGAGGGCACGUUGAAUGGCAUCCAUAGUGUCAAUGAGUCGAUCGACGCGAACGACUUUGUCGAGAUGAUUCGAUUCUUCGCGUUACUUGCGCUUAAUGCAGACGAGUGGGGUAUAAUUGGCUAA